AUGUUGAAUGCAUCAAUGAAUAAGAGCUUGAAGUGGGACCUAACAUAUGUGGAAGCCAUGUGGGCCUCGGAGGAUGCGGCCGAGGGUUCCUCAGAAUUGUCAUCACCUCGUCCUUCUUUGGUGGAUGAUUCCGCUAUUGUUGCAGCCGAGCCUUUUGGGGUUGUGGCUGAGACUGGGGUUCCUGUCUUUAUAUGUCCAACUAUGUUGUUAAAGAGACACCGGUCCUUGUCGUCGAAUUGGGGGAGUCUCCCGAGAUGGCUGAGCCUGAGGCUGAGAUCCGAGCCGAAAUCUGACCCUGGAAGAGGGAUCAGACGCCCAAACAACCACCAUCUCCCAUCCAAUCCAAACGGAUCAGGUGAGACUCGGAAGUCAGCGACUGAGGCCGGGACCUCGUACAAGCAAAAAUCAGUCCAGUCCUCAAAGGAGGACAUUUUGGGGUCACAACCGAUAAGGAGCUGCCCUUCCAAGGCAAGAGCCUGGGAAGGAGCCAGGGCAUCCAAGGCUUUGACGACUUCAUCGGCUACUGAAGCUGAAUCUGUACAGUUACUUUCUGGUUUCCAUCCAGCAUUUGGCAAAUCUGUGUAUUCCUUGCAACUUCUCAUCUGGAUUUUAAGUGAAGAUCUUGAUUCCUCACAAACGUUGGUAGAGUUUAAGCUAAUAAUACUAAAGAUGAUUGCGAACCAAAACCUCAUACGCAACAUCAUUGGAGUGACAGGCAAUGUAAUCUCGUGUGGUUUGUUUUUGUCGCCUAUGCCGACAUACAUACAAAUCAUCAAGAGCAAGGAUGUGAAGAAGUUUUCGCCAAUUCCCUACCUAGCCACAUUACUCAAUUGCUUGCUUUGGUUUUUCUAUGGGCUGCCCAUUGUCCACCCCAACAGCCUUCUAGUCAUCACCAUCAAUGGCAUUGGUAUAGCCUUUGAAAUAUUCUACCUAACCGUUUUCUUAAUCUAUGCUGCUCGUCAAGGCCGCUUGAAGGUCAUCAAACUAUUAGCACUUGAGAUGGUGUUCAUGAUAGCUGUAGUAACUUUAGUACUUUUGUUGAUCCACACAACCACCAAGAGAUCCUUAGUUGUGGGUAUCCUCUGUAUCAUUUUUGGGACUUGCAUGUAUGCGUCUCCUCUUGUUGUGAUGAAACUUGUGAUUCAAACAAAGAGCGUGGAGUUCAUGCCCUUCACACUUUCUCUUGCUAGCUCCCUUAAUGGAGUUUGUUGGACUAGCUAUGGUUUCCUCCCCUUCGAUAUCAAUCUCCUUGUUCCUAAUGGUUUGGGGACUCUCUUUGGUCUUGCUCAACUAGUCCUCUAUGCUUGUUAUUUCAAGUCCACACCGAGCAAGAAUACUAAAGCUGAGGUGGAGCUACCCGUCUAA